CUAUUUGAUAUCAUUCUGUUGAAUAUGGUUCCCCGAGAAUACUCUGCUUAUUGUGUUUGCGAACCAACUAUCGCAAAUGUCAUGUUAAAGUCAACAAUACUCCAACGAUGAAUUGUUAUGAUCGGUAAAUACAAAAGCCCGUGGGAUGCUUGUUUUCCAAAAAUGAUACCUGGAUAAAAAGAAAGUGUAAUGUUCAUGUAAUGACAACUUUCGUUACUGACAGUAAAUAGAAGUGAAAUUAAUUAAUUACAAUCGAUACAAAAUGGAUAAAUUAACGAUUAUUUCGGGAACCUUGUUUCUCGCGGCUGAUGUAUUCGCGAUUGUCAGUCUUGCCAUGCCUGAUUGGAUUAUUACUGAUGUCGGUGGAGAUACAAGAUUAGGACUAAUGUGGUCAUGUAUGACACUGUACAAUAGACCUCAGGUUUGCUAUAGUCCAGAUUUACAGCCAGAAUGGAUGAUGGCUCUUGGCUGUAUUUUUGUUGGUUGCAUUUUCAUAACAGCAACCAUAAUAUUGCUAGCUAGUUCCCACUGGGAUCGUAAUGUUAUUCCUUAUGCUAGAUGGGUAGGAUUUACAGCUAUGGUCCUGUUUUGCCUAGCUGCAGUUAUAUUCCCAAUGGGUUUCCAUAUUGACGAAAUUGGUGGACAACCGUAUCAGUUACCUAAUUCUCAUCAAGUUGGGAUUUCUUAUAUUCUGUUUGUUUUAGCAUUAUGGAUUACAGUAAUUUCAGAGUUAUUUGCAGGCAAAGUUUGUUUGCCACAUUUCUAGCAUUUCUCGUUUUCUAAUUGUUUACUUUAUACAUGUAUAGCAUUGAUAGCAACUAUGAUUAUCUUUGCUUAAUAUGUAUACUGAUUACUUGAGUUAUACCUGAUUUGUGACAAAAUCUCUUACAAAGUUCAUUUGUAAUUAGUGCAUACAGUGUAAUUUUGUAAAUUGUAAAUACAUUGUUGAUGGAAGUA